AUGAUCAUGAGUAACGAAAACCAAUACCUGAGACCGGAUUAUUUAACUCCUCUACCGUCGUUGGACGCUAAAAACAGUCCGCUGGCACUGUUGGCACAGACGUGCAGUCAGAUCGGAUCUGACGCGCCGGCGCCACAGAACGGCAAGACAAACUCGGACAAGAUUGGCAACCACCAUAAGAAGACGUCGUCGUCACUCUCUUCGUCUUCGUCGACGUCUUCUGACCACGGAGGCGGUGGUGGUGGUGGCCGAGACAAACGUUCGCCAUCGUUAUCAUCGUCAUCUUCGACGUGUUCAAACAGCGGUUCACCUCCAGGCCGGACGUCGGUCGUCCACCAUCACCUGCAGCCAGCCCCGAUUACCACAGUCACCACCACGGCCCGGUCCAGUUUCAAACCAUACGAGUCGUGUGUAUUGCGACCGGCCGCUGAAGUGGCUGCGGCUGCGGCUGCAGCAGCUGCCGCCACUGCUAAUUCCACGUCAAUCAGCCUGGAUGCGACCAUAAGGAGAGCAACGCCCGCGACCACAAAUGGCGGCGGUGACCGGUGCAGCAGCAAAGAAAGCGCUUCGAGUCGCAAGUCGCCUGCGGAAGAUGCGGCCACCGCGAGCAGAAAGCAUAGUGAACAAUCGCACAACAAACUCACGUCGUCAUCAGCUUCAGUGGCCGCUCUGAUGGCAGCCGCUGGUUACCCGUCACCGCACCACCAUCCGCAGUUGUCAGCGCACCCUCAUCACCAUCACCACAUGGCGGCAUUGGGUGGAUCGCCCCUAAUGAGUCCCUAUUUCAGACCUGGAGCCGGGGCGCCACCGCUACCGUGCCGCGACCCGUAUUGCGCGGGAUGUCAGCUUGCCGCUCACUUGGCUGCCGGCAAACAACAACAGCCGGCGGCCACGUGCCCGGCCGGUUGCACGCAAUGCGACGCUAGCCCGAAGACGGUGGCAGCAGCGGCCGCCGCCGCAGCCGCCGCCCACCAUCAUCACCAGCAAUCCGCGGCGGCACACCACCAACAGCAACAACAGCACCAACAACAGCAGCACCACCAUCACCACACGAUGGCCGCGGCGUACGCACACGCCCAGCUGGCCGCACUAGCCGCGGCCGCUAGUCAACUGCCGUACGUGUGUUCAUGGAUGGGCGCUGACCUGCCGUCGUACUGCGGCAAGCGGUUCGGCACGUCUGACGAGCUGCUCCAACACCUGCGCACUCACACCUCUGACCCAGCGGCCGCUCUGCCGCUGUUGCAACGCUCGUACCCGACGCCCCCGCUCAGCCCGUCCGCCGCGGCCGCCGUUAGCCGGUAUCACCCGUACGCGUCCGGCAAACACCACUCGCCGUACGGUUUCCCGUCCGGUUACCCGUCCUCGCCACUGGCCAUGCCACCUCACCCGGGCCUGCUGCCGCCGUACUUCCCAGCGGUGGCCUACUCACCGUACGCAGCCGCCGCCGCCGCUGCUGCCGCCCCGAGACUGGGUACGUCGCCUCACACAUAA